AUGGGUGAACUGGAGACCGAAAGUGACGCACUGGAGCAUUUCGUCGCUUCAGGAAGAGCAGGACGACGUAACGCUCUCCCAGAAAUAGAGUUCCAGAUGGAAACGAAUGAUCCAGGUGCCGCAAAACUUGCCGAACGACUGUCAGACUUAUCAGCACAGUGUGACGAUAACGUUGACGCAAAUCAACGCGCUGAUCAACACGGUUAUUGA